AUGAUUGUAUAUUCACUACUUCUUCUAAUUCUCUACGAUUUUUUUCCGAAAACUGAAACUUUCGGUACUGUAUGUAUUGGAUUAUGUCACUGUGUGGGGGAUGUCGUCGAUUGUUCCUCAUUGGACCUGCCGGACAUUCCGAACUCGAUUCCAAAUAAUACGAGGAUACUUCUGCUAUCGGAUAAUGAAAUUGAGACGAUUGACAAGACGAGGCUGAAAGGAUUUUAUUUUCUGCAGACCCUAGACCUAUCCAACAACAUAAUCCGUCACAUCGACUCGGACUUUUUCCUCAAUUUGCCCAAUCUACGUGUACUAAAUCUCCGCAAAAACCGACUACCUCGAAUACCACAUGGAAGCCAUCAGUUGGACCAUUUGGAGAAAUUGGAUUUACGGUCCAAUCUAAUCUCCCAAAUAUCCUCUGAAGAGCUCAGCCAUCUCGCCGCCAUUCGUUCUGUAGAUCUUUCGAGAAAUCUCAUUUCCUACUUGCCAAAACCAGUUACCUCGAAUAAAGUGAAUAUUGAGAAGUUAGAUCUUGCCUCCAACUCCAUCACAGAUAUCGGAUCAGAGUCAUUUUCCAUUUUUUCAAGUCUCAUCUCACUAAAAUUAGCCAGAAACCAUAUCACAAGCCUAAGGCAGUUCUCCUUCUCACGCUUACGAAAAUUGGAGUCUAUCGAUUUAACACGGAAUAUGAUUCGAGAAGUCAGAUUUCUGGCGUUCAACCAGUUACCGUCGCUGAAAAAUGUUAGUUUGGCGAAAAAUGAUGUGUACCGACUGGAUGAUGGCAUGUUUUACGCUUGUGAGGGGUUGAGCCGACUCAAUUUAUCAACGAAUCGAGUGCAAUCAGUGACAGAAGGAUGGAUGUUCGGAUUGACUAGUUUGGAAGUGUUAGACCUCUCCUACAACCAAAUUCAAUCAUUCCACACCAGCUCGUGGAGUCACACACCAAAACUCAAAUGGCUCUCACUUCACUCCAAUCGGAUACAAUCCUUGCCAUCCGGGUCAUUUCGAGCGUUGAGGCAAUUGGAAGAGUUAAUCUUAUCAGCUAAUUCAAUAGACAGUCUUCAUAAGUUUGCGUUGAUCGGGAUGGAUAAUUUGCAUAAAUUGGACCUCUCCUCGAACACCCUUGCCGUCUGCGUAGAAGACGGUGCAGUGCUAUACAACACCUCCAUGCCGUUCCUAAGAUCUUUGAGAUUUACCAAUAAUCAAUUGCGAGUUAUCCCAAAAAGAGCGUUUGAACGAUUUCCAGCACUGGAAGAGUUGGAUUUAACGGACAAUCCGAUAGCAACAAUUCAUCCGGAAGCGUUUGAGCCAUUGGAGCUGAAAAAGUUAACAAUGAACUCGUCAUCCAUCCUCUGUGACUGUCAAAUCUCUUGGCUUGCCACGUGGAUCUACCGGUUGAAGUUAGACAGGUCGACCAUCACCGCCAAAUGUUCCUACCCACCACCGCUAGCCGACCUGGAUGUCAUCGCAAUAGACACGGCGAAUCUGACGUGUCACGACGACUCGCCACGUGCCAAGAUAGUCAGACAACCGGUAGAAGUGAGAGCACUAAUCGGGGAGCAAGCCAAGUUCAUGUGCAAUGUUUAUGGAGCAAGUCCGUUGAGCAUUGAGUGGAGGGUGAUGGAAAAUGGGCAGCCGAGGGUGUUGGUGCAGGAUUCGGCCACGUUUUUGAGUGUUAAUACAACGGCAGUUGUAAACGGAACACUCGACGGACGCGAGUUGGCCGCGGCGGAGUUGGUGCUAGACAACGUAGCAAUGACAGACAACUCGGAAUAUCAAUGUGUGGCCAGAAAUCGGUUUGGGUCGGAUUUUUCGAGCCAUGUCAAACUUUUGGUCCACCAACCACCCAAAUUCACCUACAUCCCAUCGGACAUGUCCAUCCUUGUCGGUCAGAACGCCAAAUUCCUGUGUGCCGCCGGCGGAACACCCCGUCCCGAAGUGAAAUGGGCGUUCGAAAGAAUUCCAUUCCCGGCGGCAGAAGCUCGAAGGCUCUACGUCACUCAGAACGAUGAUCAUAUCUAUGUGAUGAAUGUGACGAUGGAGGAUCAGGGAGUGUAUACUUGUCACGCGACGAAUAUCGCAGGACAAGUGCAAGCAAGUGCCAAAUUGAGGGUUUUUGACAACAAGUUCCACCACCCGGACUCUCCCGACUCCAAGACCAUCAAAAAAGGCUCCCCGAUUAAAAUCGACUGUUCCGUCGACCUCCAGCCAGAGCACCAACGGAUCGUGUGGAAGCACGACCAUCAAGUAAUCCUGUUCGCGAAGAGAGCCCGUUUCUCAAAACACCAACAACUGCUUACCGUAACCCAGACGACGUUCUCCGAUUCGGGAGAAUACUCGUGCGAAUUAUGGGUUGACGACUCGAUGUUGAUGAGGAAGGUGAUGAAUGUCAGGGUGCUCAGUGAGACUGAAUAUGACUCCACGGAAGGCUCCCUGACCCAACGUGCCCAUGAGAUCCGUGCAAUGGCAGCGAAAUGGGCGGAGAAUAUCAAAUCGUCGGCAGGCAACGGAUUCUAUCUGAUGGUCUCGUGUAGUGCUUUUGGAUUUAUGAUCCUCGGCGUGUUCUGCUCCAUCUCCGUCUGCCUUAUCAAAUAUUCCUGCCAACGACAUCCGAAAUCUGAUCCCAUCAAACCAGUUUAUGUAUAG